ACCUGUUUGAGGAGCAACAGUAUCUCUCUCUCUCUCUCUCUCUCUCUCCCUCUGUGAAUGAUCAACCAUGCCGGUUUUGAAAGCAGGGAGUAGGCCUCCAUGGGUGGGUCUUGGAUCAGCUGUUUGGAUUCAGAUAGCAGUUGGGAACAGUGCCAACUUCUCUCUCUUUUCCCAUUCUCUGAAAUCUGUUCUGGGUUUCAACCAACAGCAGCUCACCAUGCUUGGAGUUGCCAAUGAUAUCGGAGAGAAUUUUGGGAUUCUUCCCGGUGUCAUCUGCAACAAAUUUCCACCUUGGGUUGUUCUUUUCAUUGGAGCUUGCGCUUGUUUCUUGGGUUAUGGAGUUAUCUGGCUUGCUGUAAGCCAGACUGUUCAGUCUUUGCCUUACUGGCUGUUAUGGCUUGCUCUUUGUGUCGCCACUAAUAGCAGUGCCUGGUUCUUCACGGCUGUGCUUGUAACUAACAUGCGGAACUUCCCUCUCAGCAGGGGCACUGUUGCUGGUAUUCUCAAAGGCUAUGGGGGAAUAUCUGCUGCAGUAUUCACUGUGAUCUACACUGCAGUGCUGCAAAAAUCUUCUUCAAAGCUCUUGCUAUUCCUCACACUUGGUGUUCCUCUUGUAUGUUUUGCAAUAAUGUAUUUUGUUAGGCCUUGUACGCCAGCAGCUGGAGAUGACUCUGCAGAACAUGGCCAUUUUGUUUUUGUCCAAGCUGCCAGUGUUGUUCUUGGCAUAUAUCUUCUCACAACCACUGUAUUGACUGAUGUACUCGACUUGAAUGCUCCCAUUUCCUAUGCAUUUGUUGCUGUCAUGGUUCUCCUUCUUAUGGCUCCAUUUGCAAUCCCAAUAAAGAUGACAUUAUACCCAGCUAAUCCUAAGAAAUCGGGUACACUUGACCUGCCAGUUGGUUCUUCAGAUUGUCUGACUGCACUUGAAGGCAAUUCAGACAAAACAGAGCCAUUAUUGACUCCAUCUACAUCAGAAACACAGCUUGGAAAUUUAUAUGAGAGUGAUGAUGCUUCAGACAUUGAUGUUCUUCUGGCUGAAGGGGAGGGAGCAGUGAAGAGGAAGAGGCGACCAAGGAGAGGGGAUGAUUUCAAGUUCUUUGAAGCUGUUGUGAAAGCGGAUUUCUGGCUCCUGUUCUUGGUUUACUUUAUUGGUGUUGGGUCAGGCAUAACUGUUCUCAAUAAUCUCGCACAGAUUGGGAUUGCACAAGGUGUGAAUGAUACAACAAUUUUGCUGUCUCUCUUCAGUUUUUGCAAUUUUAUUGGCAGACUUGGUGGAGGUGCUGUUUCUGAGCAUUUUGUCAGAUUAAAAACAAUCCCUCGGACAAUUUGGUUGACAUGCACACAAGUAAUCAUGAUCAUUGUGUACCUUUUGUUCGCUUCAGCUCUCAGUGGUACCCUUUAUGCGGCAAUUGCUUUACUUGGGAUCUGCUAUGGGGCUCACUUCUCGAUAGUGAUCCCGACUGUCUCUGAGCUUUUCGGUUUGAAGCACUUUGGUAUAAUUUACAAUUUCAUGGCGAUCGGUAAUCCUCUUGGUGCAUUACUAUUCUCAGGUCUUCUUGCUGGUUAUGUAUACGAUACAGAGGCAGCAAAACAGCAUGGGUUUGGGUUGGUCGAGAAUAGUGCUUCCUGCUUGGGUCCUAAUUGCUUUAGGCUUACAUUCUUGGUCCUAGCUGGCGUCUGUGGUCUCGGCUCUGUGUUGAGCCUAAUCCUCAGUAGUAGAAUCAAACCUGUUUAUCAAAUGCUAUAUGCCGGGGGUUCCUUCCGUCACCCUCAAAAUUCGCUUCACUGAUUGGGAGUUCAAUGCUUUUUUAGGAUCUGAAUAUUAAUAAAGGUAAAAUAUUUCUAUGGGAGCGCAUUGUACCUUGGCUGCCUCAGGUGUCAUUAAAUCUGUGCUUGUGCCCUGAACAGUAAGAGAAUUUAGGGCUCCAUUCCUCCCUGGAGAUCUGGCAGUAUUGGGGGUAUUGUGUAGCAAGGAAAGCUUCCUUCCUCCAAUAUUGUAAUUUAAUGUAUCUUUUUGCUAAUCAAGCAAAAGAUGUUACUGGUAUUGGAGUUAGAUAUAGAUAUGCUUGGAGUGCCAAUUUUUUUGAAGCCUUAUUUAAUUCUAUCUUUAUUAUAAACAGUAGGUGUUGCAUCUAUGGGUGAUGCAUUCAAUCUUGUAUUAUUGCAAAGAUAAGGGUGGUGGUUGGUACCCAUAGUCUUA